AGAGUUCUUUUGACGUACAGUAAAUGUGCCGCCCUUUCAAGAAUAAUCUUAAUUUAAUACUGUUUGAACAGGAUUAGGAUUAAAAUUUCCCUUGUUAGAAGAAAAAAAAUUCAAUUUGCUUUAACUUGUGCAGAGAAUUCAAAGACGCGGGCGCAAUUUAGUCAGCAAAAUUUGUUUUUUAAUUGAGGCUCAACUAUUUCAAUUAAAAUCUCUAUAAAACCCUAGUAUUUCUAGCGCAAAACCCAAGCGUCAUACAAUUCGAUUAGAGCUUUAUCGCAUUUGCACAUACACAGCAAAUAUAGGAGUAGGAAGAAUAUACACAGCAAAUUCUGUGUAUAUACGAGCAGAAAUCUGCAAAUACAAAGUAAAUAUCGGAGUAGACAGUAUAUACACAAGAAAUAUCGGAGUAGGAAGAAUAUACACAGUGAAUAUCUGUCAUGGCGGCAGGGCAGAAAAAGAGGGUAGUUGUUGUGGGCGGCGGAAUUGCAGGGGCUAACGCUGUUAAUGCCCUGGAAGACCACGCUGACGUCACGCUCAUCGAUCCGAAGGAGUAUUUUGAAAUACCAUGGGCGAAACUAAGGUGUAUGGUGGAGCCAAGCUUUGGGGAAAGAUCAAUGUUUCUGCACAGCGAGUAUUUGAAGAAGGCGACUCUGAUAAUGUCAUCUGUGAAGGGCGCCACAGAGGAGGCGGUGAUAACUGCAUCAGGGAAACAAGUGAAGUAUGAUUAUCUGGUGAUUGCCACUGGCACUCCCUACUCUGGCCCUCCCUCAAGAGCACAGAAACUCAAACAAUUUGAAGCAGACAGUAAGAAGAUUAAGGAUGCUAGAACAAUUUUAAUAAUUGGAGGAGGACCUACUGGAGUGGAGCUCGCUGGAGAGAUAGUAGUGGACUUUCCAAAGAAAAAAGUGAUUCUCCUCCAUUCUGGUCCUAGGCUUCUUGAAUUUGUGGGAGAGAAGGCAUCGAAAAAAACUCUAGCUUGGAUGAAGGAAAAGAAUGUCGAGGUCCACCUCAAUGAACGCAUUGAUUUGAACAAUAUCUCAGAGACAACAUCAAGCUUUACCACAAAUAACGGGAAGACCAUCAUUGCAGAUUGUCAUUUUGUAUGUAUAGGCAAGAAGUUGGGGUCCUCAUGGAUGAGGGAUUCCGUGUUUGAUGAUGUUGUGGAUGAACAUGGCCAAAUCAAGGUUGAUAGCUCUCUACGAGUUGAAGGAAGAACCAAUGUGUUUGCAGCUGGAGAUAUCAUUAAUGUUAAGGAAUUGAAGCAAGGAAUGUGUGCACAAAAGCAUGCAUUGGUGAUUGCAGAGAAUAUUAAAAAGCUCUCCAAAAAUCCAAGUGAAUCAAAUUUGAGCACCUAUAAAGCAAGUUCAGAUAUUGCUAUAGUGAGCUUAGGAAGGAAGAUAGCAGUUGCACAAUUACCCUUUGGGACAUUUUGUGGUCGGCUUCUUGGCAUGUUAAAAUCUAAAGACUUGUUCGUUGGCCCUACUCGCAAAGGCUUUGGCCUUAAAUCUUAAUGUUUUCUAAUAACAUAAACUAGGAUGUUAAUGUACUUUGCGAGUUGCUAACAAGCACUUAGAGACAUGUGCUAGACUAUUACUUGAAAAUGAAAUAUUUUGUUUCAUAUUCAUGAUGCAACCAAAAAUGCUUUUUCUUUGCAAACCCAAACAUUAGUUUGGUAGAUCUUUAGUGACGAGUGCUUGAAAUUUUAUAAGAUAUUUGCUAUAUUCAUUUCUCAAGAGUUGUUUUGAUUCA